AUGCUGCGACGACUCGUGCUCGCGUGCGCCGCGGCGCUCGCGGCCGCGGCCACGGGCAAGAUCGAGACUUGUUCUGCGUGAAAGUUAAAUAAGCUCCCUGAAGUGAAGCGAUUCGUCAAGGAGAGCGGGCACGCCGACACCUACGAGGGGCUGGAGAUCGACUACGUGCGCGGCAAGCCGCCGACGCUGAUCAUGAUGGACGGCGACGCCGAGGUCGAGCGCGUCGACCUCGCGCCGUACUCGACGGACGAGCUCCACGCGCUCAUGCAGGAGAAGGGCUUCGCGCGCAAGGAGGCCGAGCCGGCGGGGACGCGCGAGCAAGUGCUGCACCGCGCGCCCCGCAGCGCCCAGGCCGACGCCGUCGCCGACGCGGAGACGACGCUC